UCUCCAAAUCUGGCAUCUCCACUACCAACACUGGGCAUUAUGUGCAGUUACGAGGUCGAUAACUCUUUUGGAGAAAACCACACUCGUUGCCCUCUUCCCAGUUGGGUAACAGACGGACAGGGUUGUAUCAUCGUUCCGCUUCGUAAGAUUCUCGAAGAGAGAUUGCUUGAGGUGUUUGCUAAGGAUAAAACAGGCUGCACUUUCCUGCAAGCAAACUACCCUGAAGAGGGCACCGCGGACAGGGAACUGCUUGUGAAAGACAUGCCUACUUCUUUCCAGUCACUCUGUAGCGAUGUAUUCGGCAACUUCUUCGUACAGUGCGCUAUUCAAAAUGCUACUGUACAAGAACAGAGGUGGAUCAUAAGUCAUCUCCUUGGUCGGAAGCUCUAUCCAAUGUGUCUAAACCGUUAUUCAUGCCGUGUGAUACAGAAAGUGAUCGAGUGUUUGCCUGAGGACCUGAAGAGCCUGCUUAUGCUAGAGCUACACAAUUGCGAUUUGGUGACCCUGUGUAUCGACCAAAAUGCAAAUCACGUCGUACAAAAGAUAAUGACGUCGUUUACUCUUUCUCACUGGCAGUUCGUGGUGGAGUACUUUGUUAAUAAUCGUGAAGAGCUCUUUAGCGUUGCUGAAGACAAGUAUGGUUGCCGUGUGAUACAGUUGGUGAUUUCCAUUACAUAUGCUAUCUUAUGUCGUUCACCAUUGCUUGAAAAACUGAUGGAUCAUGUAGUUUCAAACUGUGAAAGACUAGCAUCGAACGAAUUUGCAAACUAUGUCAUCCAACACGUCAUAAAGGCAGGAACUCUGUCAGAUUAUCGUGAUAAACUAAUAGAGGAAUGCCUGUUGAGAAAUCUUUUGUCUUUGUCUCAAGAGAAGUAUGCAUCUCACGUGGUUGAGAAGGCUUUUGAAUUCGCUCCUCCUGUACUGCUGGCCGAAAUGAUGGAUGAGAUAUUUGAUGGAUACAUACCACACCCGGAGACCAAGAAGGAUGCCUUGGACAUAUUGUUAUUCCAUCAGUAUGGAAAUUAUGUCGUCCAGCGCAUGCUUGACAUUUGCUGCGAAGCUAUUCGAGCGAAAAGAUACUCGUCUGGAAAGAAGAUUUUGAACGCUUUACAACAACUAAACGAAUGUGCCGUUCCAACAACUCCUAGCCGCUAUCGUCGGUCAUGUGUGCAGACAUCUGUGCCCUCCAAAUAUCGUUGA